AUGUCGUAAGGUAAGGUCAAAUAAUAUUAAUUGAAGAUUAGAGGGUAGACUUUCGAACUUAAACCCAGUGAGGACUUCAACUAUUCCGCAAUCAACUAAAAUGAUAGGAUGAGAAACUAUCUCAAGGCCAAAUAUGCAGCAAACUUAAUUCAGAUUCAAGAUAAUAAUGGGAUCAAGAACUUUAAAACAAUAAAUGGAUUGCAGGCUGCUUCAAUAAUCUACCAUUUGAUAAAGUAAUUUGCUCCAAACUAUAAUGUCUAGCCUAAGUUUGAGGAGAAUGAGAUCCUGCAAAUAUUUAACAUGCUUAAAUACCCUGGAACGAUCAGAUCAGAUGCAAUCAAAGCUGUAGGGGCUUAAACCACAAUAGCUUUUCUGAUUAGAGCACUAUAUUGGUUAUAUCUAGUCACUAAAAUCUAUUUUAUCAGAAAAGAGCCACAGAUUGAAGAUUAGGAGGAUGAUUUUAUAUAAGAAGCUGAUAAUGAAGAUAUGUCUAAUUACGACUCUAAAAGAAAAUCAAGAAAAAGCUUGAAUGAAGAAGAUGCUGAGAUGGGUGACGAGGAUGAACUCUGGUAUGAACCAUACGAGUAGAUUUUCUUGGAUAUUUUAGUAGAGACAUCUGCAUAUAGUUCCUAUUAAACUCCUCAUUAGACUACCUACGACUUAAACAAUCAAGUUAAACUAAAACUAAGACCAGUAAUCAAAUUAAUGAUGCAUGAAUAUCAAGAAUACCUCUACUAAAAUGAGGAAGUUGAAUUCCAUUAGAUUUAUGAAUAAGUUUGCUCAAUGGUUCAUCAGAAGAUUAAUGACUAGAAAUAUGCUAUUGAUGAUAAACUCUUGAAAAUUAAUGCCAUUUAAGAGUAGAUUCAAGAUGCAGAGGGUUACAUUCCAAAUAUAGAUCAAUUGUAAAAGGAAAAUGAGUAGAUAAGACUUAAUAUUGAGGAAGUAAAAAACCAACAUAAAAUCAAAGGAUUAAAGAUCAAUUAAAAGCAUGAUAGCAUUUAAAAGCUAAAAACUUUGAUAGAGCAAGAAAAGCUAAAAUAGCAAGAGAUACAAUAGGAAAUUUAAUAAAUAAAUUUGAUAGUAAAAGAACAACCAAUAACUAAGCAUGAAGCAGAUCUAAUUAUAAGGGAAAGAGAUGAAAAUUAAGCUCAGAUUUAAAAAGCAGAGUUGUCACUUAAGAAUUUAGAAGAAUUGAGAAGGACGACUGAGUCAUAAAUAACAUAGACAGACAAGGAAGUUGCAAAUACAGCUUAGACAGUUAAUUAAGUUUUGGUCUCCUUGAAAUUACAAGAGUAAGGUAGAAUGACUGAGGCUACUCCUGGAAAAUACUCUAAAGGCAUUCAUAUAAAGAUGCUGUAAAAUGGACAAUUUGAUAAUUCAGUGGAUAUGAUCAGAGAUGUAGCACCGAUAGUAGAAGAACUUAAGCUCAAAUGGAGAGAUAAGCUGGAUUAAUAUUCUGAGGAUAAACAAAGGCUAAAUUAAGUGAUAGUUUAAGUAGAGAUUGACAAGCGAAACUUGGAAGAAGAAAUCAAAAGAAUAAUAGCAUUCAAUGAGCAUUAGAAUAAAAAUAUGGCUGGAGUAGGAAUAUCAAAGGCAAGUGAGAAAAUACGUAAAGACUACGAAAAUAUGAAGUUGAAACUGAAUCAAUUAGAGUUAGAGAAUGAAGAUUUAAAGAAGUAGGUGUUAAACGGAGAGACGGAGAUCAAAGACCUAGAGCUGGAAUUUCAAAGGAUAAAGGAAGAAAAUGAGGAUGAAAGUAAGAAGUUCUAUCAUGAAAUAAAUGAACUUCAAUAAAUAUCCAAUGGCCUGAUGGCGGAUAUAAAAGCAUUUAAAAGAUAAAUAGGUGGCUUUUGCGAAGGGAUGAAGGUUGAUUUAAAGAGUUACUAUGAUGGAUUAGCUUAGAUUUUUAGAUAAAAUGAAGGCUAGUCAUAAGGUAUUCAAUAAUAAAAUUAAUGA